UUUGGGGAAAAAAAAAACAAACUACCUUUUUUUUUUCUUUUUUUUUUUUCAUUUCUACUUCGUUCUUUUCUUCUCCGCGACUUCGGUCGGAAAAAAAUUCGACUCUCCGUAACCGCAUUCUCAGCCCUAAUGACCGACCCAGAGAAAUUAACCGCCUUGAAAAAGGCCUACGCCGAUACAAUACUGAACACGGCGAAGGAAGCGGCGGCGCGCGUGAUGAUUUCGGAGAAGAAAGCGCGUGGUUACCAGCAAGAGCUUGUGGCGGUUAGAGAUGAGGCUCUCCGUACUUGUCUUAGGCUUAAACAGAUGUACGAUUCCAAGGUCAAGGAGGCAGAGAUGAUAUCUUUGAAGAAGCAGCAAAAGAUUGAGGAACUUGAAGCUCAACUUGGAGAAGCUGAAGAUAUAGUAGGAGAUCUGAGGAUGGAGUUGCGAGAGUGUCGGUAUCACCUCGAGAUAUUGGCAAAUGGUCGUCAAAUGAAUCUUGGAAACGAGGAGAAAAACCCCAAUGAAGCAGUUUCACUAGUGCGUGAGGACUCUAGUAACCUCGAAAGAUCAGUGGUGGCCAAUGGGAUCAAACCACAUUUGAGUGACAGAGAUAUCAGUAUUAACCGGUGUUCUUAUAAAGAGAAUAAAGAUCCUUGUCACCAUACUCUUCCGUCCAUACUAAGUAGACGCAGAGAAGCCGAAGCGUUAGAAAGGAAAGUUGCCAGUGGAGAUUGUCAUGACGUGGAAUCAUUGACAUCUUCCAAAACAGAAGCAGCGAAGGAGGAAGAGAGAGUGAACGAUAUGGAGCUUUCUACAAAUGCUACGUUUGUGUCGCCUUCUGAGAAACAGUGUGUCGCAUUCAAGAGGAAGCGUGAGAAAGAUGCAAGCAGCAACAGUAGCCCUGAAGGAGGAAGCUCUUUUUCGCAAGACGAUGAGAGCAGAAACUGGAGACAAAAGACCGGAGAGAAAGACAACAGUUACUUGGAUUCCUUCAACACUGAAUCAUGUCGUGAUAGUCGUCGUGUUGCACAGGUCGCUCGCCAGCUUCUACCAUUCUCAGAGAAGAAAGUGUUGCAGUAGAGCCAGUGUCAAUGUCCUUCAUCAGUUGCAUUUGAUCCAUCCGGAAGAAAAAUGGCUGAUUAGAGAAAUUAAGAUUGGUAGCAUAUAUACGCAUUGUCAGCUCUUAAACUAAUGGAAAAGAAAAAAGCUAAUUUUGAUCCUAAUUUAGUUUCCUUCUCGCAUAUGGUAUUUUUUUUUUCUUCCCAAGUUAUAGAUAUGUGGAAUUGUCAGAUUUGUUUGGAAAGCGAUAGCG